AAAAAUUGUGUAUAUGUUUUUGAGUAUAUUGAUGGGACUGUAGAUGGGUUCUCUUGAAAGUGGUAUUUCCUCUAAGAAAGAUUCAUAUUUGCUUCGUUCUUCAUCGGCAACAAGCAGGAAUGAGAGAUAUUUGUUUGGUCAAAGACCGAGAUCGAGAUUUGCAAGAUUCGUGUUGUUCAAGAAAAUUGAUUAUCUACAAUGGAUUUGUACAGUGGCUGUGUUCUUAUUCUUUGUAGUUCUUUUUCAAAUGUUUUUGCCUGGUUCAGUGAUGGAAAAAUCUGGGAAUUCCCUGAAGGAAAGUCAGAUAAUUUCUGGGGAUUUGACCCUUCUGAGAGAGAUUGGUGGGUUGGAUUAUGGGGAUAAUAUAAAGUUUGAGCCCUCUAAGCUUUUGGCUAAAUUUCAAAAAGAGGUCAAUGGGUCAUCUGCUUCAAGGAGAGGAGUGAGAUUUGGGUAUAGAAAACCCAAGCUUGCUUUGGUUUUUCCAGAUAUGUUGGUUGAUCCACAGCAGAUACUAAUGGUUACGGUUGCAGCUGCUUUGCAAGGCAUCGGAUAUGAAAUUGAGGUCUACUCACUUGAAGAUGGUCCUGUGCGCACUGUUUGGAAAAAUCUCAAACUUACAGUCAAUAUCAUUGAAACGAUUGAGAAUAGGACGAUGACUGUAGACUGGCUAAAGUAUGUUUGGAUGUUCAAUUGGCCAUAUAUCAUGUAUCUCCAAUUAUGAUUAAUAAUUCAACUGGUGGAAUGUUAACUGGUUGAAGACCAUCCUGUUGCUGCUUGAGCAAACAACAAUCAUUUCAUUUUGUUUCUUUGCAUUGGCUAUCCUCAUGGUCCUUAAAUCAAUCACUUGCUGUUUUUGUUUUGCUUCAUUAUGACUGGGGCCAUCAGUAAAUGCUGUAUGGUGGUCCGAAUAGAAACCAUACUCUUUACCAAAAUAUUUUAGCGCUAUUGGGACUUUUCUUAUUUUGAAUCCUUUCCAAGCAAUCAUAUUUAAUUGUAUAAAAUGUUCCACAGAUAUUAAACCUCUACACUUUCAGAUAUGUCCCUAGUGUGUGUCUGGGUGUGUGUGUGUGUAAUGUGGUUUUUCUUGCUCAAAUAUUAGCAAUUCAGCAAAACUAUGAAUUGAGGUAUUUUCCCUUAUAACUCUAUAUCCCUUUUUGUAGCUAUGAUGGCGUAAUUGUGAACUCUUUUGAAGCCAUGGGAGUCUUAU